CAACGGGAGGAGGGGAACGAUUGUGCGCGAGUCCCUCUUUCCGGGGGAUGGCGGCAGACGGACACGCUUUACCGACUCGGAAGCGGCCAUGGAGCAGCGGGAGCAGUCGGUGGAGCUGGUGGCGAGCCUGGCUGGGGUCACGCGGGAGCGGUUCCUGCGAGACAUCUACCCCCGGCGAAAGCCAGUAGUGCUGAAAGGAAUGGAACUGGGUACUUGCACAACCAAAUGGACAGUAGAUUACCUGAGCCAAGCAGAAGGAUCUAAAGAAGUAAAGAUUCACGUUUCUACAGUGCCACAGAUGGAUUUCCUCAGUAAGAACUUUGUGUAUAGAACUCUGCCUUUUGAUACAUUUGUACAGAGAGCAGCUGAAGUCAAACACACAGAGUACUUUCUGUCUGAGGAUGAAAAGUACUAUUUGCGAUCCCUGGGUGAAGAUCCUAGAAAGGAUAUUGCAGAUAUCAGAAAGCAGUUUCCUGUUUUGGCAGAAGAUAUUCAGAUUCCAGAGUAUUUUGAAAAGGAACAGUUUUUCUCUAGUGUCUUCCGCAUCAGUUCAGCAGGAUUGCAGCUGUGGACACACUAUGAUGUAAUGGAUAACUUCUUAAUCCAAAUAACAGGGAAAAAGCGAGUUCUUUUGUAUAGUCCUCAAGAUGCACCGUAUUUAUAUUUGUCAGGUACUAAAUCAGAGGUGCUGGAUGUGAAUAAUCCAGACUUUGACAAAUAUCCCCUUUUUGCAAAAGCCAAGCGUUAUGAAUGUUACCUGGAAGGAGGAGAUGUAUUAUUUAUUCCAGCUUUGUGGUUCCAUAAUGUAAUUUCUGAGGAAUUUGGAGUGGGACUGAAUGUCUUUUGGAAGCACCUUCCCUCUGAGUGCUACGAUAAAAAUGACACUUAUGGAAAUAAAGAUCCCACAGCAGCCUCUAGAGCUAUGCAAAUCUUGGACAGGGCCUUGAAAACACUUGAAGAACUGCCUGAGGAAUACAGGGAUUUUUAUGCUCGGAGAAUGGUGUUACGCAUCCAAGAAAAAGCCUAUAGGACUGAUUAUAAGUAAAGUAACACAUUGCAAGUCACCAAAAUUCUCUGAAAUUAGAGAAGCAUAUGUUAUAUGGAUACUGUCCAGUGUACAUAAAUAUACUUUCUUUAAGACUAAUAAAACCACUGUUGAUAAACUUUG